UUGUUUGUUACAAAUAAAAAAUUGAAUUGUUUUUAUGUGUUGUUUCUUCUUCUCUAUAAAAAGGUAUUCUUAUUCAAAAUCAAAGGUCAUUUCUAAUCAUGGGGAGUCGCGAGCCAGACCAACCCAUGCGUUUUCCCCAGUAUGCUCAGCUCUCAAAGAGAGAAGCUACUUUUGAGCAGGGAUGGCCAGAACCUCUCUUAGGAAAAAUACCAGACCUAGCUCGAGCUGGGUUUUUCUACAGGGGACUGAAAGAUAACGCUACCUGUUUUCAUUGUGGAAUGACUUUAACGAAUUGGGAUCUUGAGGAGGAUCCUUAUGCAGAACAUGCUUAUUGGAACCCCAAUUGUCCUUACAUCAAUCAGUAUAAAGGACGAAGCUGGGUGAUGAGUAUAUUUGUCGGGGACUUAGAGAAGCAGGGAUAUAAACCUUUACCUGAGAUCAAACCUCUACUGAACCCAGAACCAGACGUCCAGGCUCGAGGAAAAUGUCACAUUUGUUUAGACGAGGAAUUACAAAUCGUUUUUCUACCUUGUGGACACGUAUGCUGCUGUGCUUUGUGUGCUCCUUCUUUUCAGUUUUGCCCCAUCUGUCGAGGCGAGAUUCAACAGUCCAAACGGAUAUUUCUGUGUUAACUAUAAAUAAAAGGACAGAACUCAAAUUUGGUGUUUUCUAUUGU